CAGUUCUCGAAAACCAAAGGAAAACUCGCUCCUGUUCGAUUCCGAAGCAAUAGUCAUUCGUUACCUGAUGCUUAUAUAGUACGGCCAGCGACAACGCGACAGAUUUCAGACCUCACCGUUUGACCUGCUCAACGGGCCUCGUAUUUCCCCUUUCGCCUUGUAACCCAAGCGCAUCGCAUUUCAGCUCAGGAGACAGCGAGUCUUCCCAACCGCAACCAUGGACGGCAAGAAAAGAGAUGAUGAUUAUUCCAUUGAGAUCCCUACGAAGGCGUCCCGCUCUUCGCCAGCACUCAACAGGCCGUCGCCCAGCAUGGGGAUGCCUUUGGCGCCUUCGAGCAUUGUGAACAACCCAGGGCUUUCUGUGCUUGCAUACUGUUUGGCCUCCAUCAGUAUGACUGUCAUCAACAAGUUCUGCGUUUCAGGAGAUAAAUGGAAUAUGAGCUUCUUCUUCCUGGGAUUCCAGUCAAUCGUUUGCAUUAUUGCGAUUCAGGCUUGCAAAUCCAUGGGCCUCAUCAAAGACCUAGCGAAGUUUGACAAUGAGAAGGCAAAGAGAUGGUUCCCAAUCUCCCUUCUUCUCGUUGGAAUGAUCUACACAAGCACCAAGGCCCUCCAAUUCCUCUCUGUACCAGUGUAUACCAUUUUCAAGAACUUGACUAUCAUCGUUAUUGCAUACGGAGAAGUCCUUUGGUUCGGAGGAAGCGUCUCUCCUUCGUCCCUUUUCGCAUUCGGACUCAUGGUUCUCAGCUCCGUCAUUGCUGCAUGGGCAGAUGUUCAGCACGCUCUAGCAGCCAGUGCUGGCACCUCGACCCUUUCUGGCCAAAACAUCGAGGCAGCUGCCCAGCUUUCUACCUUGAACGCUGGCUAUGCUUGGAUGGGACUUAAUGUUUUCUUCACGGCCUCCUACGUCUUGGGCAUGCGCAAGACUAUCAAGAAGAUGAACUUCAAGGACUGGGACACCAUGUUCUAUAACAAUCUCCUUACCAUCCCAGUGUUGAUCGUCCUCUCCAUCCUCAUCGAAGACUGGUCAUCCGUAAACUUCAACGCCAACUUCCCCGUCGAGUCUCGCAACAGCCAAAUUCUGGCAAUGAUUUACUCUGGCCUGGCCACCAUUUUCAUCUCCUACGCCUCAGCAUGGUGCAUCCGUGUUACCUCAUCGACCACAUAUUCCAUGGUUGGAGCUCUCAACAAGCUGCCCAUUGCCGUUAGCGGUCUUGUCUUCUUCGAUGCCCCUAUCACCUUUGGUAGCGUGUCAGCUAUUCUGUUGGGUUUCGUCAGUGGAAUGGUCUACGCAUGGGCAAAGGUCAGACAGGCUGCUGCAUCAAAGAUGAGCCUGCCAACCACCAACAUUCCGAUGAGCGCCAGCAGCCAAAGCGCGCGUGAUGCUAACGCAUCUAAAUUCUGAGAUCGCAACAAUCGCUCAGACUAUUCUUAAAGAAGGCUCUUGUCAAAAGAGCCUCUAAGGUUUAAUACAGGCCUGUUCUUGGAAUUCAAAGCCUCCGGGACACGCGGAUAGAGAGAUGUUUGGCUUAUGAGGUUGGGGGG